AAUGCCUGAUUCUCCUAAAUAGCAAAUCAGACAAACUUUAACAAAAAGUCUGUAGAAAUGUCAGAGGAUGAGGUUCAGUAUGCUUCAGUGGUCAUCAAAAGCAGGAGACCUCCGAGAGCUAAAAAAGAGGAAGAGGUUGUGUAUGAUGAAGUGAAGAUAAAUCAAAUGGCUCAGCAAACGGCUGAAAAAAAUGACUCUGCAGGACUUUUAACAGACAAUGAAGCAAAAAGAAGAUUUCUCUGCUAUCAGAAGUUGACUUGUUGCUUUGGGAGUCUAUGUGUGAUUUUGGUUUUGGCCAUCAUUGGAGUUUGUUUCUACUAUGUAUCUUCUCACAAGAGUGAUGAAGAGGAGCUGAAGCACCUGAAAGCCAACCAAACAUUCCUGCUGCAGGAAAUUUACAACCUGACAAACAUCAACAAAAACCUCACAGAACAAAUGGAACCCAUAAAGAAAACAUGGAAUGAGCAGAACAUCAGUCGAGCUCAGUGGAGCAUUGAUGAAUACUGUCGCAUGGAAAACAACAAGAGAACGUGUGUUUCUUGUCAGAAAGGCUGGCUACAGUCUCAGUCCAGCUGCUAUUUAGUUAAUGAUGCUGAACCUCAACAUCAGAGAACCUGGGAAGAAGCACGAGAAAACUGCAGAGGAAAGAGUUCAGAUCUGACUGUUGUUGGUAAUGAAGCUGAAAAGGCGUUUGUUAAAGACACGAGUUGGGUUAAAAACAGAAUUAAAGGAUACUGGAUCGGUCUCAGAGUUGAAGAAGGGAAAUGGAAAUGGAUCGAUGGAAGUGAUCUGACCAAUCAAGCCUGGAUACAGCAGCACUCUGCAACUGAUGGUCAAUGUGUAACUUCUCUCCAGAACCAAGAAUGGAGAUCAGUGAGGUGUAAUGAAAGGAACGCAUGGAUCUGUGAGAAGAAGGCUUUAUCUGUUUAAACAUGAAAUAUUCAGAUUUCUGGAGGAUACUUGGAAAACCUUAAAAUAAAAUAUAUACAAUUUUUAUUUUUAAA